CACAGAUGGCGACCACCACGCGAGCCUUCCGCGCCUCCGCUCUCCGCGCCCUCAAGCCCACCACGCGCAUGAGCAGCACGUCCGCCCGCCCCGCCGUCUCCCCCUUCGCCCCGAGACACUUCCUCUCCAUCAGCGAGCUCGCUCCACAGGAGCUGACCGCGCUGGUGCGCAACGCCUCGAAGUACAAGGCGAGCGUCAAGUCGGGCGUGGUGCCCGCGCACCUCCAGGGCAAGUUGUCUGCCCAGACAAUUGCCCUGAUGUUCACCAAGCGGUCGACCCGCACCCGCGUGUCGACCGAGGGCGCGGUCACCAUGCUCGGCGGCCAGCCCAUGUUCCUGGGCGCCAACGACAUCCAGCUCGGAGUGAAUGAGUCGCUCUACGACACCUCCGUGGUCAUCAGCAGCAUGGUGUCGGGCAUUGUCGCCCGAGUCAAUGCGCAUGACGACGUGGCCGACCUGGCCAAGCACAGCAGCAAGCCGGUCAUCAAUGCGCUGUCGGACCUCUACCACCCCCUCCAGACCAUUGCCGACUUCCAGACCAUUGUAGAAGCCUUCAGCGCAAAGAGCAAGAGCUGGAACCAGGAGAGCUUGGGACUCGAGGGCUUGAAAAUCGCCUGGAUCGGCGAUGCCAACAAUGUCCUGUUCGAUUUGGCCAUUGGCGCUGCCAAGUUGGGCGUAGAAGUAAGCGUGGCCACACCAAAGGGCUACGAGAUCCCAUCGUUCAUGCGCGACAUCAUCAAGAGCACCAAUCCUGCAUUCAAGCUCACCGAGACCAACGUGCCAGAAGAGGCAGUCAAGAACGCAGACAUCCUCGUCACAGAUACCUGGGUCAGCAUGGGACAGGAAGCAGAGACCAAGAAGAGACUGGCAGAUUUCGCCGGUUUUCAAAUCACCAAGGAUCUUGCUGUCCGUGGAGGAGCCAAGCAAGACUGGCGCUUCAUGCAUUGUCUCCCCCGCCAUCAGGAGGAAGUUGCCGAUGAAGUCUUCUACUCCCCAGCAUCACUCGUAUUUCCAGAAGCGGAGAACAGGCUAUGGGCCGCCGUAUCAGCUAUUGAGGCCUUUAUUGUCAACAAGGGCGACAUCAAGGCGACAUCCUAGGAGGGUGAUACGGACUUCCCACCUAAGAGACAGGCUACGUCUCCCCGCGCUCACCACCAAUCCAGCAUGAGUCCCAUGCUGCCAAAAACUGCACAGACUGACGUGCCAAAGACGGACAAAAACGGAGAGAAGAUGUACACUGCGACUGAGGUCCAGAAGUUGGGCGAAUUGUAUGCAGCCCAGGUCCAGCGCCGCUUACAGAUUGUCAAGAUUGUCAUUGUGCUCAUCUGCCUUGCUGCUGCGACGAUCCUAUCUCUCCGCUAGGGUCGCAGUGUUCUGAUGAGAAUGGAUAGGAGGUGACACCUAGCUGCUCUGACAGCACAAGGUAGCCCCGAGCGGAAUCACUGAGACGAACACUCUGCUAUGCGGAGUUGAAAGCCACAUUCGCUAUCUUCGCGAGUUGAAGAUGCUGGCUGUGUUUUGAGUACACACCUGAAGGCAGAACUUGCAGCGUUUGAGCGAGCGAGCGAGCGCGCAUAAUGUGAAAAUGACUGAAGAACAACAACAACAAUUUCAUUUUCAAGCUUCCACCAAAUACGCACGCAAUUGAUCCACUGACUUUGCAGAUUGCCACUGACUAUAUAGUAAGGCCACUGAAGAAGAGGAGGGGGAGAGGGGGGAAGGGGUAGAAGUCGACACCACGCGAGGUCGCUCAAGAAUGUUCGAGACGCUGUCGCAUCGGCACAACCACAACAUAGCAGCAGCCACCGCCUCCGCCGCUUGUUCUACUCACGGCCAUCACGACACAGACGCGCUCGCGCAUCUCCCCACCUCACGCAGCGAAUUCGCACCCAUGUCGUCCGUGAAGGCGACCGAACCCUCCUUGGAGCCCCC